AUGGACACGGUGUGGACCAACCAGGAGUACCCGCCGCGGGGCUACGACUCGCCGAUGCCCGACCACCCCACCCCUCAGGCGCUGACACCGCAUCCGCCCUCCAGCGACCACCACGCGUCCCAUGGCGGCGAUAUUGAGGUUUCAGGGUAUUUGGUAUCCGACACCGAGUCCCAGUUCUUGCGCCAGCUCGAGCACAACUUCUACGACGACCAGCUCAACCACCACGCCCCCCAUGGCGCCCCGGCGACCCAGGAGGAGUUUUUGUUUAUUUCCGACGAGAUCAUGGGGCUGGCGUCCCGACAUCACCAUAAGCCGCAAACGGCGUACCCGCCACUGGACCUACCGCUGAAUACCCCCGCCUUGUUGGCUAAAAAAGGCCGGGGGAUCCCUCAGGCCAAUCUUGACGGCGACCAGUUCGCUCUGCCGGUUUUGCCCAGUCAAAACGACCGCAGCUACAACGAGGAACACUUGUACCACAAACAGAAGUACCAGCAGCAGCUGAAUGUCGCUGGGAUCAGACCCGAUGCCGUGUAUACUCCCCUAGUGCUGCCGGCAGUGACGCCGUUGGAUAAGUACCAGCAAAUGAACCAGGCCCAAGGAGGAGUGCCGACCAAUUUCGAGCCGUUGACGCUGCCGGCGUUAUCGGCGAUAAACAGCGAUAUCCUGGCGUCAGAACGCCGCCGGCUGCUGUCGCUGGCGUUUGGCAACCAGGCCAUGGACACCGACCCUCAGUACGCGCUGCAACUGAAACGGAGAACCCCUCAUCUGACUCCCAUCAUGGCACCGACAAAACUGCUGCCGAGCCUCAGAGGCAAGUCGGGGGAUAUCCCUUACCCUAAACACCCUCAACCGCCCUCAGGAGUCCACCACCAGCCGUCACCUUCGCACCAUCAACCCAGCCCCUCUAGCCACCAUCUGCCGGCUCUGCAACCUCAGCAGCCGCAGCCGCAACGAAGUAAUGGUGGUACUCCCCUCAUGGGUUUCACUAUGGGCAUUUUGGCCGAGCAGGAGCUGAUAAAGAACGAGCAUAAUAGUCCCCAGACGACGAUGAAACGACCGUUGAAACUGCGCACGCAGCUGGCACUGUCGCUCAACACUAACAAUAACGCCAACGGGUCGACGAAUCCGUCUCAGAAUAACCGAUCGUCGCUGGCACUGUCGCUGGAGACACUGCCGCAAAUGCUGGCCGCCCCUUCUAAACGAGGGGAGAAGCCGCCGACGAAAAAGGCGUCGCAUAAGCUUGCCGAACAAGGCCGGCGUAACCGGAUGAAUCAAGCGGUACACGACUUGGGUGAGCUAAUCCCCAAACUGUACCAUGAUCUGGUGACGAUCCCGUCCAAGGCGACGACGGUGGAGUUGGCGUCGACGUACAUUAAGGACUUGUUGGAACGGAUCGAGGAGCUCGAGGCCGUGAAACAAGAGUAA